GCAUAGCGACCAAUUCGGAGGGCCGAAUCGCUGUGUCUCGACUCUUAUUAUAGUGACUACAAGGCUGAAAUGAACAUAAGACUGUUAAGUGCAUGGCACACCGUCUUGGGCAGAUCGAGUACCGAAACAUCGGUUUUCAUUAAAAUGGCUGUCAAAGAGAGACAAAACGAAACCUCAUUCGACGAAAUAGAAUGGAACGUGGAAAGCGAAAUUCAACUUUUUUUCGCCAUGAAUGGACACAAGCCAGUUGGUAUCAAUAAAUAUUUCCAUAUGGUGUGUAUAUGGGAAAAAUUUCGUGCUGCUAUUCACAAAGAUGUUCCAUUAAAACUAAUUUGGGAUCACUUGGAAUCCAUGUACGACCUUGUGUCUUUGGACGAUAUGGAAGGUUUACCUUUUCCUGGUCACGAGAUAGAUUUUUCCUUACCGGAGACUGAAUUCGUGGGAAAGCCACGGAAAAGGGAAGAAUUAGAGAUAAAACUGAAAGAUCAGAGGGAUAAAUAUAAGGAAAUUAAAAAAGAAAAAGACAUCAAAGAGAGUUCUAAGAAAGAUAGCAUGUUACGUGAUUUUAAAGGAACCAAAGAUGUGGAAAAGAAAAAAGAAGAGAUUAAAAAAUGUGUAAAGGAGGUAGAUAUAAAAAAGGAUAAGUUUAAAGAUAUAAAAGAGACAAGGAAAGAACAUAAAUCAUCAAAAGGACGUUCAAAAGGGAAGGAAGAUUCAGAAGAAAGCGCAUCAAAUGGAAAGAAGGAGCGUAAAGAAUCCGAAUCUAGUCGCGAACUCGCGAAAAGGAUUCCAAAGAGACCAACCAGACAAAGCGUGGAUAGUUCUUCCAAAGCUUCUUCCAGUCCACGCGAUACACCUCCACCAAAACGAAGAAGAAUAUAACAGUUAUUAUAAAUUAAAUGGACAUUGACGUAUGUCUAAGAACUUCAGUUAUACAACUCAUCAUAUUAUCACUAUACAAGGCCAAUAUUAUAUUUGUCUAUUUUUAUAGGCAAUUGACGUGCUUGAAAAAUUUUGUACCAAAAAUAGACAAUUAUAAUAUUAGUCUAUACUGCUU